ACUCUUAACGCAAAGACCCAUUCAAUUGAUGGUCGCAUCGGUUGGGCGACAACUGAUGCCACGUGUUGUGAGCCAUCGGUUGCAGUCGACGGCCGCCACACCUCCUCCUCCACCGCCGCCUGAAGUGAAGCCAACGAUUCGAUCGCAAGAUUUGGUGAAACGGAAACAAUUGACUGAAUUCGGUGUAUAUGUGGCCCAAUGUGUGCCCAAAUACGUGCAGUCCAUACAACUCACUCACGGCGACGAACUCGAGGUCCUGAUUGCGCCCGAAGGAGUGGUUCCGGUGAUUCACUUUCUCAAAGACAACCACUCGUCUCAGUUCACCAGUUUGGUCGACAUCUGCGCUGUGGAUGUGCCCACUCGUGAGUUCAGGUUUGAAGUGGUCUAUCAGUUACUGUCUCUGCGCUAUAACUCGAGAAUACGGGUGAAGACAUACACCGAUGAGUUGACGCCUAUUGACUCCAUCUGCGAGAUCUUCAAAGGCGCCAAUUGGUACGAAAGGGAGAUUUGGUGUCGUUAUGACGACGAGCUCAAGAGAGUGGUGAUCGAGCCCUUGGAGAUGACACAGGAGUUUAGGAAAUUUGAUUUACAAUCUUCGUGGGAACAGUUCCCCAAUUUCCGGCCCGAAGCACUUCCCGUUCAAGAGAUACCUUUACCACAAACUAACGAAAAACAAGAGCAGAAAAAG